CACCCGCCCGGGAAGGGGCGGUCGCUGCCGCCCGGGCUGGCGGGGGGAGCCCGGCGGCCAGGUGCGACCCAGCCCCGCCGCAUCCACCGCCGCGACGGCUUAUAAGUGGCGCCGCGGGGCCGGACGGGGCGCGACGCGACGGGACGGGACGGGAGAGGAGAGGAGAAGGAAAGGAGCGGAACGGGCUGCGCCGGGCUGUCCCGCUCCGCACUGGACGGGAACGCCAGACUGUCACAGAAACACCUGAAAGCUGAAAUCUGGGACUACCAGGAGGGCUGCUUGACUGAGGACAACAGGAUCAGGACCCUCCCUGCCAGGGAAGUCACCAAUGGACUGUGGACACUUAGCUGGCAGCAGCGAGGAGAUCUCCAGCCCGGGCGUAGAGCCCGAUUCCCUGCUGCCUUCUGCUGCCGGCGGCAAUUCCUGCCCUCCCUUGGUGGGUGGGCAGCGGGCUGGGGCACCCCCGGGCCGACCUGCGGCCGCCAACGCCGCUCGGGAGCGCAGCCGGGUCCAGACCCUGCGCCACGCCUUCCUCGAGCUGCAGAAGACUCUCCCCUCGGUGCCGCCCGACACCAAGCUCUCCAAGCUGGAUGUGCUCCUUCUGGCCACCACCUAUAUCGCGCACCUCACUCGCAGCCUGCAGGAUGAGGAGGAGUCACCGGGAGAGGGCUUGGGCACCCUCCGAGGGGAUGGAUACCUCCACCCUGUCAAGAAGUGGCCCAUGCGUUCCAGGCUAUACAUUGGAGCCACAGGACAGUUUCUGACUCACUCGGCACAAGGAGACAGCGCAAACCAUGGGGAAACAUCAACAACUUCACAAAUCUAAUCUCCCUUCUUGCUUUUAAAAAAAUUGUUAUUUAUUACACCUUAUAUAUAUAUUUAAGUUAAAAAAUAAUAUCUAUAGACAAACUAUAAUUUCUGAAAUACUGUUUGUGGAGGAGAAUGAAUUGAUUCUUAAAUGUAAUUAAUACCUCAUUAAGUUAACGUGAUGCAUUUCUAUCAGAGGACAUUGCUGGGAUCUGAAUGACGGGAUCUGGAGGCGGCAACUGCAGCCACCAACAUGAGCAGCAGCCCAAAGGCAGAGCUGCCAGCAGAGUAGGUAUCCUUGUUCCCUCUGGGACAAGUGCUGAGGAAAAGAGGAGAGAAGGAGCAGCGGUACUGACCAAGUAGAGAGCAAAGAAGCUUGGGUGACAGGCAAAGGGCAAGUCUAGGAAUAGCAGUUGCAAUCCCACAUGCACCUUCUCCACUGCUUAAAGCCGGUGGCAGAAAUCCCCCCGACCACAGCCAUCAGAUCAGAGCUUUACCCUUCAGAUAAUCCUACAUGUAUGUAGCUAUUGCUGGAAAUGUGGAUGCAUGUUCACCUCAAGUAAAAAUGUAAUGAAACCUGUGUUGCACACAGCGCUGUAUGUGGCAGCUGUGUGUUGGGCACUGCUUGUACCCAUCCAUAGGAUUGUGCUGCAUGUUAUGGGGUUUAAUGUGUGUUUGUUACCCUGGCACUAUGUGUCUGCUCACAAUACCAUGGCUUUCAGUGGGUUCACAUAUUGAUGCAAAUGAGCCCAAAGUGCUGGCUUGUUCAUAGCACACUUGUUCACUUAAAUAUCUUCUAUAUUUAGGCAAGAAAAGUUGAAACUAUAUGCACAUAUGUCAUCUGAUGUAUCUGUUCUGUAAAACACUGUACUUCUCAUAUGGUUUGUUAUUGCUGAGGUAAACAUUUUAUUAAAUAUUAUUCAAUGAACAUUAUAUAUUUUCUCAGUUCCAAAA